AUCCAGGCAGUACUGUUUUCUGCCAAAAUGAAAGAACAAAUACAUUUAGAUUUGCAUUAUUGAGCUACAUAAACGUAUGUUUAUGAACAUAUAAUACAAAUAAACAUAUAAUACACUACAAUACUUGACAACUGAUGAGAACAGGACACUCCCAGCUCUUUUACGCAUGUCAGACCACUACUUUGCUGGCCCACAAUGCAUUGCGUUAAGCAGCACAACAAACAUGGCACCACUUCCGGCAUGACUGUCGUACUUUCAGUAGUAUAAAUUCAAAAUUAUCUAAAGUGACGUCGCCAUUUGAUUGAAACGUUGUAUUCAAUAGACAAGGACAAAAUAUAUUGCAAGCAAAUUCAUUGCCGCUUCAUUCAUUUAUCCAUUGUGGACAAUAGUUAGCUAAGUAGUUAAGCUGUCACGUAGUGGUGAGUAAAGAGUUUGUCGGACUCGGUUCAAAUAUUUGACCUUUCGCGAUGAAGGAGGCUUUGACCCUGGUACACAGGCUGAAAGCACACCCAGACUCUCGAUGCUGGUUCGUCUGCUGGAGUCCAAACGGAACACUUCUGGCCUCAUGUGGGGGCGAUAAGGCCAUCCGGAUCUGGGGACGAGAGGGUGAGUCCUGGGUAUGUAAGAGCGUGCUGGAGGACAGUCAUCAGCGCACCGUAAGGAAGUUAGCGUGGUCUCCCUGUGGGAAUUAUCUAGCCUCUGCUAGCUUUGAUGCCACGACAUGCAUCUGGAAAAAGAAAAAUGACGAAUUUGAGAGUUUGACAGUAUUGGAGGGACAUGAAAAUGAGGUGAAAUGUGUGGCUUGGGCUCCUUCAGGGAAUCUGCUAGCAACAUGCAGCCGGGACAAGAGCGUUUGGGUUUGGGAAGUGGACGAGGAAGAUGAUUACGAGUGUGUCACAGUUGUCAAUUCUCACACACAAGAUGUCAAACAUGUUGCGUGGCACCCGACGCAAGAUCUUCUAGCCUCAGCAAGCUACGACAACAACAUCUGCAUGUACAAGGAGGAGGAUGAUGACUGGGAGUGCAGAGCCACUCUGCAGGGCCACACUUCCACUGUGUGGAGUGUGUCCUUCAGCGCCACCGGAGACAGGCUGGCAUCAUGCAGUGAUGAUCGCACUGUCAAAAUUUGGAAGGAGUGUCCAGCUGAAAGUGGCCAAGGUGACUUGUCGUGGAAGUGUGUUUGCACACUCUCUGGAUAUCAUGGACGGACUGUGUAUGAUAUUGACUGGUGUCGUCUGACUGGUGCCCUGGCAACUGCUUGUGGCGAUGACGCAGUCAGAGUGUUUAAGGAGGACAAGUCACUUGACCCGGACCAGCCUGUGUUCUCCCUAGCUGCACAGGUGCCCAAAGCUCACAGUCAGGAUGUGAACUGUGUAGCAUGGAACCCUAAAGAAGCCGGAGUGUUGGCUUCCUGCAGCGACAGUGGGGACAUCGCCAUCUGGACGUUCCAAGAGCAGCAAUGAACCAUUAAUUAAAGCUUCAACAUGUUAUUGUACGAAUGAUGAUAAUGGUGUAAAAUACCUUUUAAUCACUCUGAUAUUUGUAUAAAAUAAAAGUGACAACUACAUGGUUUUUCAUUGCAAA